UAGUAGUGGAGAUAAAGGAAUGGAUGGAGGUGCAGAAAUGUUUAUUGGGAAUUAUAAAUUAGGAAAAGUGAUUGGACAUGGAUGUUUUGGUAAGGUUAGAAUUGCUCAACAUUUAUCAACUGGUCAUAAAGUUGCUAUCAAAAUCCUUAACCGUCACAAGCUCAACCAAAUCAAAAUGGAAGACAAAGUGAGAAGAGAAAUAAAAGUUCUAAGAGUGUUGAUGCAUCCUCACAUCGUGCGGCUUUAUGAGGUUGUAGAAACUUUAACUGACAUUUAUGUUGUUAUGGAAUAUGCCGAAUCUGGAGACCUCAAUGAUUACAUAAUCAUACAAAAAGAUAGAUUGCCAGAGGAUGAAGCUCGCAAAUUUUUUCAGCAGAUAAUCAGUGGAGUGGAGUACUGUCACAGGAAUAUGGUGGUACAUAGAGACCUGAAGCCAGAUAAUUUACUUUUAAACUCUAAAGGUAAUAUCAAAAUUGCAGAUUUUGGGUUUUGCAACAUCAUGAGAGAUGGUCACCCUCUUACUACAAGUUGUGGAAGCCCCCUCUAUGCAGCUCCAGAGGUUGUGUCGGGGAAACCGUAUGCAGGACCAGAAGUAGAUGUUUGGAGCUGUGGAGUAAUUCUAUACGCUCUUCUUUGUGCUCACCUUCCUUUUGAAGAUGACAAUGUUCCAAAUCUCUUUAAGAAAAUUAAGGGUGGGAUAUACAGUGUUCCUCGUCAUGUAUCAGGUGGUGCUAGAGAUUUGAUAAAAGGGAUGCUGGUGGUUGAUCCAAUGAAAAGGUUGACUAUACCUGCCAUCCGUCAACACCCAUGGUUUAGACUUCAUCUACCUCCAUAUUUAGCUUUUCCACCACCACCUCAUACCAACCAACAACAAAACAAGAUUAUUGAUGAGGAAGUCCUUCAAGAAGUGGUGAAUAAAGGAUUCAACAAGAAUCAAUUGGUUGAAUCACUUCAAAACAAUAUACAAAAUGAGGGUACUGUAGCAUACUCUUUGUUAUUGGACAACAAGAUAUGUGAUUCCAAUGGCUACCUUGGACCAAAGUUUCAAGAAUCAAUGGAUUUGGAUUUUAACCGCAUCCUUUCAAGGGAAGUUGUUUCUUCCGUUGUUGGUCCCUGCUUUUCAAGAUCUAUGAACAAUCCAAGAGUAUCAUUGAGACCACAGUUCUCUGUUGAGAGAAAAUGGGCCCUUGGGCUUCAGUCUGGUGCCCAUCCUCGCGAGAUAAUAAGCGAGGUCCUUAAAGCUCUACGAGAAUUACAAGUUUGUUGGAAGAAAAUUGGGCAUUACAACAUCAAGUGUUUGUGGGUUAAUAAUCAUGACUUUGGAGAUUAUGGUUCCAACAAUGUUGACAAUGAUAUUGCUACUUCCUCUGCUUCAAAUGUGAUCAAAUUUGAAGUGCAGCUUUACAAAACUGCAGAAGGAAAAUAUCUGCUUGAUCUUCAAAGGGUUCAAGGUCCACAGCUUCUUUUCUUGGAUCUUUGUGUUGCCUUCCUUGUCAAGCUUCGUGUCCUCUAAAGUCUAAACUAAUAAUUUAACUUACUUAUUUGUCAUCAUUCAUGAAUAUAAAUCAUAGGAAGACAGAUUGAAAUAUAAAUCAUACAAUUCAAGACAAGUGUUUCGGUA